CCCCCUCCCCCGCCGCGGAUCCUGGCCGCUGCUCUCCAGACCCAGGAUGCCGGGGGGCAAGAGAGGGCUGGUGGCACCGCAGAACACAUUUUUGGAGAACAUCGUCAGGCGCUCCAGUGAAUCAAGUUUCUUACUGGGAAAUGCCCAGAUUGUGGAUUGGCCUGUAGUUUAUAGUAAUGACGGUUUUUGUAAACUCUCUGGAUAUCAUCGAGCUGACGUCAUGCAGAAAAGCAGCACCUGCAGUUUUAUGUAUGGGGAAUUGACUGACAAGAAGACCAUUGAGAAAGUAAGGCAAACUUUUGACAACUACGAGUCAAACUGCUUUGAAGUUCUUCUGUACAAGAAAAACAGAACCCCUGUUUGGUUUUAUAUGCAAAUUGCACCAAUAAGAAAUGAACAUGAAAAGGUGGUCUUGUUCCUGUGUACUUUCAAGGAUAUUACGUUGUUCAAACAGCCAAUAGAGGAUGAUUCAACAAAAGGUUGGACGAAAUUUGCCCGAUUGACACGAGCUUUGACAAAUAGCCGAAGUGUUUUGCAGCAGCUCACACCAAUGAAUAAAACAGAGGUGGUCCACAAACAUUCAAGAUUAGCUGAAGUUCUUCAGCUGGGAUCAGAUAUCCUUCCUCAGUAUAAACAAGAAGCGCCAAAGACGCCACCACACAUUAUUUUACAUUAUUGUGCUUUUAAAACUACUUGGGAUUGGGUGAUUUUAAUUCUUACCUUCUACACCGCCAUUAUGGUUCCUUAUAAUGUUUCCUUCAAAACAAAACAGAACAACAUAGCCUGGCUGGUACUGGAUAGUGUGGUGGACGUUAUUUUUCUGGUUGACAUCGUUUUAAAUUUUCACACAACUUUCGUGGGGCCUGGUGGAGAGGUCAUUUCUGACCCUAAGCUCAUAAGGAUGAACUAUCUGAAAACUUGGUUUGUGAUCGAUCUGCUGUCUUGUUUACCUUAUGACAUCAUCAAUGCCUUUGAAAAUGUGGAUGAGGGAAUCAGCAGUCUCUUCAGUUCUUUAAAAGUGGUGCGUCUCUUACGACUGGGCCGUGUGGCUAGGAAACUGGACCAUUAUCUAGAAUAUGGAGCAGCAGUCCUCGUGCUUCUGGUGUGUGUGUUUGGACUGGUGGCCCACUGGCUGGCCUGCAUAUGGUAUAGCAUCGGAGACUACGAGGUCAUCGACGAAGUCACUAACACCAUCCAAAUGGACAGUUGGCUCUACCAGCUGGCCUUGAGCAUUGGGACUCCAUACCGCUACAAUACCAGUGCUGGGAUAUGGGAAGGAGGACCCAGCAAGGAUUCACUGUACGUGUCCUCUCUCUACUUUACCAUGACAAGCCUUACAACCAUAGGAUUUGGAAACAUAGCUCCUACCACAGAUGUGGAAAAGAUGUUUUCGGUGGCUAUGAUGAUGGUUGGCUCUCUUCUUUAUGCAACUAUUUUUGGAAAUGUUACGACAAUUUUCCAGCAAAUGUAUGCCAACACCAACCGAUACCAUGAGAUGCUGAAUAAUGUACGGGACUUCCUAAAACUCUAUCAGGUCCCAAAAGGCCUUAGUGAGCGAGUCAUGGAUUAUAUUGUCUCAACAUGGUCCAUGUCAAAAGGCAUUGACACAGAAAAGGUCCUCUCCAUCUGUCCCAAGGACAUGAGAGCUGAUAUCUGUGUUCAUCUAAACCGGAAGGUUUUUAAUGAACAUCCUGCUUUUCGAUUGGCCAGCGAUGGGUGUCUGCGUGCCUUGGCAGUAGAGUUCCAAACCAUUCACUGUGCUCCUGGGGACCUCAUUUACCACGCUGGAGAAAGUGUGGAUGCCCUCUGCUUUGUGGUGUCGGGAUCCUUGGAAGUCAUCCAGGAUGAUGAGGUGGUGGCUAUUUUAGAUCAUCUUUCGUAAGAUCAGUGAUGUGAAGAAAGAGGAGGAGGAGCGCCUCCGGCAGAAGAAUGAGGUGACCCUCAGCAUCCCUGUGGACCACCCGGUCAGAAAGCUCUUCCAGAAGUUCAAGCAGCAGAAGGAGCUGCGGAAUCAGGGCUCAACACAGGGUGACCCCGAGAGGAACCAACUCCAGGUAGAGAGCCGCUCCUUACAGAAUGGAGCCUCCAUCACUGGCACCAGUGUGGUGACUGUGUCACAAAUUACUCCCAUUCAGACAUCUCUGGCCUACGUGAAAACCAGCGAAUCCCUUAAGCAGAACAACCGCGAUGCCAUGGAACUCAAGCCCAACGGCGGUGCUGACCAAAAAUGUCUCAAAGUCAACAGCCCAAUAAGAAUGAAGAAUGGAAAUGGAAAAGGGUGGCUGCGACUCAAGAAUAAUAUGGGAGCCCAUGAGGAGAAAAAGGAAGACUGGAAUAAUGUCACUAAAGCUGAGUCAAUGGGGCUAUUGUCUGAGGAUCCCAAGAGCAGUGAUUCAGAGAACAGUGUGACCAAAAACCCACUAAGGAAAACAGAUUCUUGUGACAGUGGAAUUACAAAAAGUGACCUUCGUUUGGAUAAGGCUGGGGAGGCCCGAAGUCCGCUGGAGCACAGUCCCAUCCAGGCUGAUGCCAAGCACCCGUUUUAUCCCAUCCCGGAGCAGGCCUUACAGACCACACUGCAGGAAGUCAAACACGAACUCAAAGAGGACAUCCAGCUGCUCAGCUGCAGAAUGACUGCCCUAGAAAAGCAGGUGGCAGAAAUUUUAAAAAUACUGUCAGAGAAAAGCAUACCCCAGGCCUCGUCUCCCAAAUCCCAAAUGCCACUCCAAGUACCUCCCCAGAUACCAUGUCAGGAUAUUUUUAGUGUUUCAAGGCCUGAAUCACCUGAAUCUGACAAAGAUGAAAUCCACUUUUAAUAUAUAUACAUAUAUAUUUGUUAAUAUAUUAAAACAGUAUAUACAUAUGUGUGUAUAUACAGUAUAUACAUAUAUAUAUUUUCACUUGCUUUCAAGAUGAUGACCACACAUGGAUUUUGAUAUGUAAAUAUUGCAUGUCCAGCUGGAUUCUGGCCUGCCAAAGAAGAUGAUGAUUAAAAACAUAGAUAUUGCUUGUAUAUUAUGCAGUUGACUGCAUGCACAAUUUACAUUUAUUUAUAAUCUCUAUUCUAUAAUAAAAGAGUAUGAUUUUUGUUACCCAAGGCAAUGUAAUAUUUGAAGAAUCAGGGUCCAACCUGCCAAUGUUGCCAUGACAAAUUUGAUCUCAGGCUGAGUAUGUAUAUCGUGCUAUCAUUUUCUCACUGUUCUGUUAAGUUAAAAUUAUAGAUUAAUGCCAAGGAAGAGUUCAGUCUUUUAAACUAUUAGUACCAUGUUAUGAUCUCUUUCCCUAGGAUUUUUCUGUAACUUAGUGUUAGGUUCUUUUCCCCUACAGGCGGUGUUUGCUCCAUUUAAAUGACUGUUUUGUUGCUAAGUCAGAUAACAGUGUGGGGUAUUGAAAACUUAUUGCUAUGGGUUUUGUGCAUGAAUUACAUUUUUGAUCAACUAUACCUCUCCUUUUUUAACAUUAUACUUAGAUAGUAAUCAUUAGCUCUUAUGUAAGGAAAUCCCUACUCCCUCCUUCUUGGAGAACAGCUGCCAUCUUGUAGGCUGACAUUAUCGACACCAUAAAUACUAAACUAUUAAUAUAGUGUACGUUAUUAUAGAAACACUGCACUACAGGGUAUAAGGCCUUUUGACAAUUCACGUAAGAGAUGCUGAAUUUCCAAAGCUUAUGAAUGCUCUAAAUUUGUAUUUCCAAAACAUGUUCAAGAGUGACGUUGAAAGGCUUCUUAGCAGAGAAAUAUACAAAAAA